UGCAGACGAGACCUCCGCUCUGGUCCCCACAGCCAUGGCUGCACCGUUGGUCACUCUCGGCAUCGACCUAGGCACCACGUCUGUGAAGGCGGCCGUGGUGGAGGCCGCUCCCGGCGACCCAUCGGGGUUUGUGGUACUGGCCAGCUGUGUCCGGGCCGCGCGGGCCGAGGCGGCGGCCCAGAGCUCGGCGGCCGGGCCCCAGGCUCGGGAGCAGGAUGUGAGUAGAAUCAUCCAAGCCUUAAACGAGUGCCUUGCUGCUCUUCCCCGGCAGCAGCUCCGGAAAGUCUGUGGCAUCGGAGUGUCAGGACAGAUGCAUGGAGUCUUAUUUUGGAAAACAGGCCAAGGCUGUGAAUGGACAGAGGGAGGGGCUGCCCCUGCGUUCAAGCCCAGAGCUGUGAGCCACCUGGUCACGUGGCAGGAUGGCCGGUGUAGCAGCGGGUUCCUGACUUCUCUGCCCCAGCCAGAGUCCCAUCUCAGUGUGGCCACAGGUUUUGGCUGUGCAACCAUCUUCUGGCUUUUGAAAAAUAGCCCCGAGUUCCUGACGUCCUACGAUGCAGCUGGCACCAUCCACGACUAUGUGGUUGCCAUGUUGUGUGGCUUGCCAAGACCCCUGAUGUCUGACCAGAAUGCUGCUAGCUGGGGAUAUUUCAACACCCAGAGCCAAAGCUGGAACUUGGAGAUACUGACGGCCUCUGGCUUUCCCAUCCACCUGCUCCCCGACAUCGCUGAGCCUGCCAGUGUGGCAGGCAGAACUGCCCAUGCAUGGUUUGAAAUCCCAAAGGGGACACCCGUUGGGGUGGCCUUGGGUGAUUUACAGGCCUCCGUCUAUUCCUGCAUGGCCCAAAGGACAGAUGCAGUUCUCAAUAUCAGCACUUCGGUUCAGUUGGCAGCCUCCAUGCCUUCCGGAUUCCAGCCUGUGCAGAGUCCAGACCCUGCGGCUCCAGUCGCCUACUUCCCGUACUUUGACAGGACCUACCUGGCAGUGGCAGCGUCCCUCAAUGGGGGCAACGUGCUAGCCACGUUCGUCCAGAUGCUGGUCCAGUGGAUGGCGGAUCUAGGCCUGGAGGUUGAAGAGUCCACUGUGUAUUCACGAAUGAUCCAGGCAGCUGCAGAGCAGAAAGACACCUGCCUAACCAUCACGCCAACGGUGUUGGGCGAGAGGCAUCUGCCAGACCAACUGGCCUCAGUGACCAGGAUCUCCUCUUCCGACCUCUCCCUGGGGCAUGUGACCCGGGCCCUGUGCCGAGGCAUUGUUCAGAACCUGCACUCCAUGCUUCCGUUCCAGCAGCUCCGAGAGUGGGGCGUGGAGCGGGUGGUCAGCAGUGGGAGUGCGCUGUCCAGGAACAAGGUGCUGAAGCAGGAGGUGCAGAGGGCCUUCCCUUUCCCCGUGUCCUUUGGGCAGGAUGUGGAUGCAGCUGUGGGGGCAGCGCUGGUCAUGCUCCAGAGAAACCUCAACCAGGAGGAGUCUUAGUCGGCACACUCUUUGGCCAAAGCACCGUACAUUUUAUCUAAUUAACAUUUCUGACAUGAACUUGGGGUCAUCCUUUUCCUGGACAGCUCUGUGGGCAGCUUUUAAACACUGUUUGUUCUCAGGGCACCGUCUUGACCAAGCACCUUCCUUCAGGGCACAGUCUAAUAAUGCAGCCAGGAGGCAGCAACUAGGUCUCCCAUCAGUGCCUUCUGAAAGAGACUCACCUGGGAGCUAGCUGGCUGCAGAUGUAAAUGUGGAAAAAAGAAAGAGAGAAAAGGAACAGUAACCCAGCAUCCUGGUCAGCAGGCUCACCUGUGACUCACCUGUAGACAAAGAAAAUAAAUGUGGACUUCAGACACCAAAGUGUCUGGUGGCUGUGGGCUCCGAGUCAGAAAAGAUGACCUGCCCUCUACCCCUCCUCCAGCUUUCGGAUCGAUUCUCUUUAGGGGUAGGAAGCUCUGACUUGGAUCACACGCACUAUCAGAAAACCCUUCCCCACUGGAUAGUGCCACGUGACGCCUUUCCCAGUCUCCUCCUCCCUGGCCGCAGCUGGUUACCUGGGGCAGGGCUGACUGGGGACAGUGAAGCAGGCUGGCUGAACGAAGAUGCAGGGGUCUGUGCUGGCCUUGCCAUGUGCUCCCUCCAAGGAGAGGAUGCUCUGCUGGGGUAGCCCUAGAUCCUCACAACACAACUGGUUUGAAGGCACAGAACAGGGAAGGAGAUUCAGACAGCGUGGCCAGCAAGGGGGUAGAUGCUGUGUGGCCCCACCCCUCAGACACAUUGUCCCUGAGAGUCUGACCAGGCAGCAGCAGGACCCUUUUCUGGGAGUGGGUCUGUGCAGCAGUGGGUUUGCCUCUGCACAACCCUGGAUGCCUUCCAUGGGGAGGGGUGCAUCAGGCAUGCUCCGGCCAGAGAGGUGGCCAGUUUAACCAGAGAGGACCCCUUAUCCCAGAGGCCCUAGCUCUUCUUUCUGUUGGUUUGGCCUUGCUGGCCUGCCCCGUGCUCCUGGCUUGCAGAAUCAUCCCACUGCAGUCGGAAUGCCGACAGGGACCCCAGAGCAUCUUUAACUUCCUGUGGUCGGCAGGGAUGACCACGGAGUAACUUCCAGGAGAAGACCACCAUCUCUUUGUCUACUUCCAGACUCCCAGGGCCGAUCCCAGCCUCAGCAGACUCUGAGGCACCCACGCAACUAUGAGUGUGGGAAGCAGUCAUGUCGUCUCUUUGUAAAUGUCACUUUAUGAAUUAUGUGAUUGUCUGAAGCUCUUCGAGAAA